GUUUCCUGUGCAGCGGACUGCUGUCGCCAUUUUGGGAGUCAGGGUAUGAGAAAGCGAGUUUAAAUCACCACGGGUCCGCACAUUUUGUGGCCCUAAUAUGGUUCACACGUGCGUGGUGGCUGGUUGUAGGAACAGGAGAACUCCCGGGACCACUCUAUCUUUUUAUCGGUUUCCUCGUGACCCAGAAAGGAAACAGCGUUGGAUAGCUGCUGUGAAUAGAGAGGGAUGGGUGCCAAACGACGGGAGUAGACUGUGUAGUAACCACUUCAUCUCAGGUAAACAGGUGAAGAAUCCCAGGUCACCAGAUUAUGUUCCCUCAGUUUUUACCACUACGGCCUCCUUAUCCGAGAACAUGAAGGAAGCAAGCACGUGUGAACUGUCUGACAAACAGGAGGCUCAAGUAGAGGCGGCCAAUGCCCUGCUCUUCCUACAGGGGCAGGGCAGGUUCUCGGGGGAGUUGGUUCAGAAUCAAGAGCAGGAGCAAGACCCGGAGGAGGCUGAGACCACGUCAUCAUCCAUGAGCAGCGAUGAUGACGAGGAAGACGAAGACGACAGUGAUGAAAUGGGCCAGAUGAGCGACUGUAAAGGAAAAGCAGAAAAGCUGUGCAGAAGCGCCUCCACUCGGUUUAUUGACUACGAAGCCAGUCUGAAAGCCCUGAGGAGGGAGAACCGAGCCCUGAGGGAGUCCGUCGAGAAGAUGUCCCUCACUGAGGCGUCCCUCCGAAACGACCCAGAGAAGGUGAGCUUCUACACAGGGCUUCCGAACUACUUUGUCUUUGAGACAGUCAUGUGGCUGUUGGCUCCUCACAUGAAGGGGGACAAGAACUCCAAACUCUCCAAGUUCCAGCAGCUCCUCCUGACUCUCAUGAGGCUCAGGCUGGAUCUGCGAAACCAGGACCUGGCCUACCGCUUUGGAGUAAAGGUCGCCACGGUGACCAGAACGGUCCACAGAAUCAUCAACAUCAUGUCCGCCACUCUGGUGCCCACAGCAGUCUUCUGGCCCUCAAGGGUUGAGCUGAGAAAGAACCUUCCGGCAGCUUUGAAGGCCACACAUCCAGAUUGUGCCGUGAUCAUUGACUGCUUCAGGGUCUCCCUGGAAAGACCGUUUGACUCACAGCCGAACCAACGUGACCCUACAGCUGCAGAGGGUAGGAUACCCUAUUCCCCUCGGACGUCUGGAGCUAACGAGCAGAAGUACCUAAUUGGCGUCGCCCCGCAGGGCGUAGUGACAUUUGUAUCACGAGGGUCGCCUGGCAACGUGAGUGACAAGUGCUUGGCCGAAGGUUGCGGCUUCUUGUGCAAGCUUAUUCCGGGGGACGUGGUGCUGGCUGACCACGACCUGGAUAUCGGCGAGUCUGUAGCGGCACGUGGUGCUCAGCUGAAAGUCACCGGCUCCUGCGGCAUCAUCCACGGGGAGGGUUUCCAGGAAAUGAGCCAGGCGCCCUGGACCACCAUGACCUCAGAGAGACUCAGCGUCCACAGACAUGUGGAGAAGGUCAUCUCCAUGGUGAAGAGGAGGUAUGCCAUCCUCACAGGCCCGGUGGAGAGCCCAUUCACCGCUGUGGACCGUGCCUCCAGCAUGACCACAUUCGACAAGAUAGUGCAGGUGGCGUGUGCCUUGAACAACCUGUGCAUAUCGGCAGCUCCGCUGGAGUGACCACUCAACUGCACUCUUAACAACCCUUCAUGGCAAGGGUUGCUGUUAUUUGCAGGUUCUUCGUGCAAGCAAAGGGAGGCACUUUUCUUUUUUUUUUUUGUCUUCACAUUUUUAAUUUUUUUUUUUUGGACAUACACAUGUAUUUCUACUUACAUGUUGCGUAAUCAUGGGGGUUCAUGGGAAUUGGUUAACGGACUUAAAGGACCAGUCUACGCACACAGUUGUGGUUCGGUAUGAGUCAAAUAUGGAAUGUGUGUUGUACUGCAGUCAGUCAUAGUAGCUUUUUGUAGCUGUGCCAAGGGCAGUGCCACAGCUCUCUCUUGGAACUGAAACAUGUACAAGUUUUUGGUCGGACGGGGACAUUCCAUGCAUUCUUCACAUUCGAACAGGCCGAUUCCGCAUGCUGAAUAACAAGAGACCUCCACAAUAGCGCCUUGGGCCAAAACUCCUUUGUCUGUGAGGUCCAGAGAAGAUGAUGUAGAUGAUGAUGAUGAUGUUAAGAUUGAUUACCGUAGUGUUAGUCUGGAUUUCAGCUGUACUCAGGUGCUAGUGCCUUAGCCUCUGUAAUGCUGACGCAAAGGUUAUCAAAAAGGUUCAUGUCCUUGAGAAAAUAAUGUAUCUCUAUAUAUUUUUGCAUCAAAAACGAGAUAAUUCUGUGUUCUCUCCAAAUGCUGUCUUUGACAUAGCCAUAAAUAUUGCGCAGUUGAUUUUGCAAAAUGCUUCUGCUACUGUUUCUUGAAACAAGGUGUUUAAUACGGUUUCCUUUCAAUUUUUUUAGACAUCCAAACAUUAUGUAAUGUUAUUGAUUCAAACUGAGUACUUAAUCACUUUACAUGUGAAAGCUCUGAGUGUGUGUGUGUGUGUGUGUGUGUGUGUGUGUGUGUGUGUGUGUGUGUGUGUGUGUGUGUGUGUGUGUGUGUGUGUGUGUGUGUGUGUGUGUGUGUGUGUUAUGCGCAUGUUUUGGCAUUUUGUCUGGACGGGGAAUUUGUGAAGGCCUGCAGUUUCCAUGUAUGUUUGUGCAUGUUUGUCAAACAUUCUGUUUCUAUUGUGUUAAUGAUACAACUGACAGCUGUCCGUACUUUUUAUAUUUUUUGUUAACACUGUGACUCUCAACUGUUCAUACUUUUAAAGAACAUUUAAACACAACACAUAUCUAUCUCACACAUUUGUUUUUUCUUUUUCAAAAUACGUAGACAAAUCUGCGCCUGAAGUACUGUACGUCUAGUAUGCAUAAGAUUCUCUAUUCCGUCAUGUAUCGUCUUGGUUUGAAAGGUGAUCGACUGUAUGACUAUUUGUCCAUAAAAUGUCCUCCACACUA